AAGGAGGGCCUCGGUGUUAGCAACCAUUUGGAUAGACACCAAAAGGACGUUUUAGAGCGAUGCUCCGUGCUCGUGAUUGAGCCCCAGGUGAAAAGUAUACGAGAUGAAGUCGGGAUCGUCAUUCGAUACUACUUCGUCAAUCACGAAGGACAAAGCAUUUUCUGGUUACACGAGGUUGACUUUACGCUGUUUAACCUCGAGGGCGUCUCAAAGAUGUCCCACAAGAAAUUUGGUAUAGCUGCGCAUUACUGGAAACAUUGCAUGAUAUAUCCAGUAGGUUGCACGGUUAACGACGAACUCUUGGAUGGUAUCAAGAACAUCAUACUUUACGCUAAGUGCAAUUAUACCUCGGCAAACACUGCGGGACACCUCAUCAGCAUCGGCGAAGUAGACACGUAUUUGUCUGUCGUCGCUAACCUUCAGCUACGACUACAAGGGGAACCCAUGCCGCAUGCGCAGUUGGUCGUAUCAUGCAUAAUAUCACAAGUGAACUAAAUGAUGUUAAGUUACCAGCAUACAACCAGUUUAUGAACUUUCAUGGACAAAGCAAUGCACGGCUCCACGAUGAAGAUGUCUACUGGUGGAUUUCAGGCUGGAACUAUUAUCCGUCGUUGUGGAUAACGUUCUUGUCGUGGUUUCUUUUCCGUGCGCCAAAGGCAUACGUCACCACCCUCCACGACAUCUAUUUGGAUAAAAUAGCCGACGGGUACUAUACGUGGAACGAGUUCAUUGCGCAUCUGAAUAGGCAACUUCAGGAAUUCAACCUUCUUGCUACGGUAUUAUUAAAUGCUAAUGUCGGAUUUCUUUCAAUUCAAAGCGUGGACAAGGGCAAUAACGGUCAAAAGUCGUUUACACAAAUCGCGAGCUACUGGUCGUUAUCAGCAAGCGUUGGAUGUAUCUUGCUCGGUACAUUUCUUGUCCGUUUCCAUCAAGGCGAGGGUCAUAAGGAUGCCGUGGCAGUGGCCACAUUCUUGAAGAGAAUUCAUUCUCGUAAACGCGGUUUGGAACAGUUAGCCAUAGUUUAUAGUCUGCCUUAUGCUCUCUUGAUGUGGAGCCUCCUCUUCUUUUCCGUUGCUUUUAUCACCGAGGCAUACCGAGCGGGGGACCGAUCCGACAUAAUCUCUUUGGGAGUAAUCGUUGGGCUCACGUUUUACCUCGUUUUCUAUGGAACAUUCUCGAUUCUCUACGGCUCACACAAUACGAGGGUCAUGGGCCUCAGAUUGCCGCAAGUUCGCCUGAAACUUGCUCCUUCUACCUGGGCUAGCAAGCUUUCUUCUUUGAGUUCUCCCUUCCGCUCUACGUGGUCGAAACUCUUUGCUAAAGCAAAAGUGGCACAAAGAGCGUCUGAGAUGGCUCCCACUGGGUCAACCACAAGCGACAUCCAACUAGACGAUCUGGAAGCGCCAUCUCAGUCCCAACCCGAAGCUUUUACCAUUGAAGAAGUGUCAUGGGGUAUCGCUGUCGUGUCUCGAAAUUAAC